AUGGACGAGUUUGGUGACCCAGGCGCCUUCGAGGCAGACCCUGAAGUUGACCUCGACGAGGACAUGGGCCAGGAUGUUCCAGACCUGGACGAAUACGAGGCCGAGGGUGAGGAGGAACUGGACGAACACGACGACGACGACGUUGGCGCCGGCAUGCCCUUUGACCCAAUAGCACUGGGCCUCAAGGAGAUCAACAACCUCGCCCGCUGUCGUGUCAGCACCUUUAAGCCUGGGAAUGGCGUCAAGGAGCUGUUGGAUGAUGAUCUCGGCCAGUACUGGCAAUCUGACGGCGUGCAGCCCCACCUCAUGACCAUGAAAUUCACCCGCCAAGUGGAGAUCCGCGCCCUCCGCUUCUUCGUCGACUACACCCAGGACGAGUCCUACACCCCGACCAAGAUCCUCUGGCUCGCCGGCACGUCGGAACACAACCUGAUCCAGUUCGCAAGCUCGACCCUCCACAACCCGGUCGGCUGGCAGGAGGUCAGCAUCACCGGCUGCGGCGGCGGCGACGACUCCAACUCGCUGUGCUGCUUCGUCGUCCAGAUGCAGGUCAUGGAGAACCACCAGAACGGCAAGGACACCCACAUCCGCGCCGUCAAGGUUUACGGCUUCGACGACCAGCUGAGAGCCGCCGGCGCCACCGGCGUGCCCGCGAGGGAGGACGAGAAGGUGUUCAGGGUCGACGAGAACAAGGCCGGCGACGAGGCCGAGCAGGAGCUGCUGGAGCACCUCAGGCUCAGGGAGAUCGGCAGAAGUUUCGAGCCAGGUGACCCCAGCGGGAUCGCGUCGACGCUGGAUUUCAUGGAGGAUCCCGUUCUCCGGUGA